UUGGAGGCAUAGAAUGAUAGAAAGCAGAUAUUCAUAUUCAUUCUUUCCAACAUCAACACACUCUCUUUCUUUUGUCUCUUUCUCCCUUCCCUGAGUUAAAUUUGCAACAAUUCUUCUGUUCCUCGAAUAAACUAUUCAACACUUUUCUUUUAUUAUAUAAAUCUCCAAAUUGCGCACACGAUUCUUUGCUUUCCUUGGAAACUCUCCCAAAUCCCACUACCCAUCACUCUCCUCUCUCAUAAAUUCCCCAUCUUUUUGUUCUCUCUCCAUUCCCCCAUUUGGGUCAUCUCCACCACCUCGCUUUCAUUCAAAGCUCGCAAAUUUCCGAUUCGGCAUGGACAAAUACGAGCUCGUCAAGGACAUAGGAUCUGGGAAUUUUGGAGUGGCCAGACUCAUGCGCCACAAAGACACCAAAGAGCUUGUUGCCAUGAAAUACAUUGAACGGGGUCACAAGAUCGAUGAGAAUGUUGCUAGGGAAAUCAUUAACCAUAGAAGUCUUCGGCACCCCAAUAUUAUUCGGUUCAAGGAGGUGGUUUUGACUCCCACACAUCUUGGUAUUGUUAUGGAGUAUGCAGCUGGUGGAGAGCUCUUCGAGCGAAUUUGCAGUGCUGGAAGAUUCAGUGAAGAUGAGGCUCGAUAUUUCUUCCAGCAGCUCAUCUCAGGAGUUAGCUACUGUCAUUCCAUGCAAAUCUGCCAUCGAGACUUGAAGCUGGAGAACACCUUAUUGGAUGGCAGCCCUGCCCCGCGGCUCAAAAUUUGUGAUUUUGGUUAUUCUAAGUCAUCCCUGCUUCAUUCUAGGCCUAAGUCAACAGUGGGAACUCCAGCCUACAUUGCACCUGAGGUUCUUUCACGUAGAGAGUAUGAUGGAAAGUUAGCAGAUGUAUGGUCAUGUGGAGUGACUCUUUAUGUAAUGCUGGUGGGAGCAUACCCAUUUGAAGAUCAGGAGGAUCCCAAAAAUUUUAGGAAAACCAUCAAUCGAAUUAUGGCUGUUCAAUACAAGAUCCCAGACUAUGUUCACAUAUCUCAAGACUGCAGACAUCUGCUAUCUCGCAUUUUUGUGGCAAAUCCAGUUAGGAGAAUCACCAUUAAGGAAAUCAAGUCCCACCCAUGGUUUUUAAAGAACUUGCCUAGAGAAUUAACAGAAGUAGCUCAAGCUGCCUACUACAGAAAAGAAAACCCAACCUUUUCUCUUCAGAGUAUAGAAGACAUCAUGAAUAUUGUUGAGGAGGCCAAGAGUCCACCUCUGGCAUCCAGGUCAAUCGGAGGAUUUGGCUGGGGAGGAGAAGAAGAAGAGGAUGAAACAAAAGAAGCAGAGGCUGAGCCCGAAGAAGAUGAGUAUGAAAAGAGAGUCAAGGAGGCACAGGCAAGCGGUGAAUUUCAUGUCAGUUAAAAAUGGUGUAGUUUUCGAUAGAACAAUAGAUUCUUGGUUUCCUUUGCACUUGGUUAACUUCAACUAAGGUGUGAAUGUUUUGCUCGUAUGUAUAAAAUUCAGUUUUCUGCAUAGGAAAUAGUGGAAUAAAUGAAUGUACAUUUUUCUUAAUGUUGUGCAAGGUUGUUAAUUGUGACUAUGUUACAAGUAUUUGACUUGUC